AUGUCCCAUGUUGCUCCCCGUAUCAGUCCUGUCAACACAACCAUCAGUGAUGAAGUGCUGCACAUCGGCAUCACUCACCGGAACCAAAUGCAAGGAAAUAAUCGAGGGAAAAAACUAUCACAGCCAGAAAUAAACGGUGCAACGCACAUGCUACCAAUGCUGGCUCAAUCCAAGCAUGGUAUCUUGAUGCUCAAAUACCCCAUUAAGCAGUUGACGCUGAAGAUGGUGUUGACUUUCCCACUUCUGGGAGUGAACUCUGCGCCCAUCGAACUCUGCCAUACCUCCACGGGGUGUGCCCAGAUUCCGACGGCUACACACGACAUGGUGGUCACAACGAUCUCCCUCGCCGACGUGACCCUCCUGUGCCACCAAUCGCAGCAUGAGGAUGACCAAAACCGUGACCCGGACAUUGAGGAGGUCCUCAAGUGCCCUGUGUGCCUCCUAGCCAGUGGCGUCCCCUUUACGAGCGCCGCCGGGUAUAACAAGGCAGAAGAUAUUGAAGGAGGGCUGCAAACACUUCCUGCAAGUCAUCAUAUCUGGAGGGUAACAAAUGACAACAGUGCAGUGUUAUUCGAGACUGUUACAACGGUACAAUACGGUGAUGCCUAA